GCCGACGCCGAGACAGCGGGAGCCGGCGCGCGAGCUGCAGGAGCCUCGGGGACCCUGAAGCUGGCUGAGCCAUGGCGCUGCCACUGAAGCCCCCGGAAAGGGCUUCAUUCUGGGAGAUUCAGAGUCAUCUGUAAAAACGCCCUCGGAGAGCCCCCUGGCAGGAAAGGGCUUGGGGGCCUGGGCCAGGCAGGCAGGUGGCCGGGCUGCAGCGAUGGACCGUGAGCUGGCCCAGCCCAUGUCCUUGCCAAGCCUGCCAGUCUCUGGCCAUGUCCACCAUGGGCUCCUCAGUGUACAUCACAGUGGAGCUGGCCAUUGCUGUCCUAGCCAUCCUGGGCAAUGUGCUUGUGUGCUGGGCUGUGUGGCUCAACAGCAACCUGCAGAACGUCACCAACUAUUUCGUGGUGUCACUGGCGGUGGCCGACAUUGCAGUGGGUGUGCUGGCCAUUCCUUUCUCCAUCACCAUCAGCACCGGGUUCUGCGCUGCCUGCCAUGGCUGCCUAUUCAUCGCCUGCUUUGUCCUGGUCCUCACGCAGAGCUCCAUCUUCAGCCUCCUGGCCAUCGCCAUUGACCGCUACAUUGCCAUCCGCAUCCCCCUGCGGUACAAUGGCUUGGUGACUGGCACAAGGGCCAAGGGCAUCAUUGCUAUCUGCUGGGUGCUGUCGUUUGCCAUCGGCCUGACUCCUAUGCUUGGAUGGAACAACUGUGGUCAGCUGAAGGAGGGCAGAAACCACUCAGAGGGCUGUAGGGAGGGCCAGGUGGCCUGUCUCUUUGAGGACGUAGUGCCCAUGAACUACAUGGUGUAUUACAACUUCUUUGCUUGUGUACUGGUGCCCCUGCUCCUCAUGCUGGCCGUCUACUUGCGUAUCUUCUUGGCAGCUCGGCGCCAGCUGAAGCAGAUGGAGAGCCAGCCACUGCCAGGGGAGCGGGCUCGGUCCACACUGCAGAAGGAGGUCCAUGCUGCCAAGUCGCUGGCCAUCAUCGUGGGGCUCUUCGCCCUCUGCUGGCUGCCCCUGCACAUCGUCAACUGUUUCACCUUGUUCUGCUCCGAGUGCAGCCACGCCCCUCUCUGGCUCAUGUACCUGGGUAUCAUCCUCUCCCACACCAACUCAGUGGUAAAUCCCUUCAUCUAUGCCUACCGCAUCCGUGAGUUCCGCCAGACCUUCCGCAAGAUCAUCCGCAGCCACGUCCUGAGGCAGCGAGAACCCUUCAAGGCAGCUGGCACCAGUGCCCGAGCCUUGGCAGCUCAUGGCAGCGAUGGAGAACAGGUCAGCCUCCGCCUCAACGGCCACCCCCCCGGGGUGUGGGCCAAUGGCAGUGCUCCCCAUGCUGAGAGGAGGCCCAAUGGCUAUGCCCUGGGGCUGGUGAGUGGAGGGACUGCCCACAAGUCUCACGGGGACAUGGGUCUCUCUGAUGUGGAGCUCCUUAGCCAUGAGCUCAAGGGCAUGUGCCCAGAGACCCCCAGCCUAGAGGACCCCCUGGCCCAGGAUGGAGCAGGAGUAUCCUGAUGGUGUGUGGUGUUCACCUCUUCUGAAGUAAAGGAAAUAUUUAUCUUUCUGGUUGGCUGGACCAGUCCCAUUGGGAGAAGAUAAUUAGUGUGCCAGGAGACCCUGUGCGUAGCCAGUUCCCACUUUGGACUGAGAGGAGGGAGCCCUAGGCUGGAGCAGCAUGAGACCAGCAAGAUGGGCUGGGGGUCCAAGGAGGCAGACGUUUCAUGCUGUGAGUCCCUGUACCAGGCCAGGGCCACAGCACCUGCAGCAUCUUGGCUGGGCAGGGCCCAGUCCCCUAUUCAGAGCAUCUAGAAAUGCUGCCUGGUCUCCACAGAGCAGCUGUGGCACAGCAGAGUAGACUGGCCUAAGGCUGGGGAGUGACUCCCACAGGACCCCUGCCACAGACACAUCACCUCCCCUAGACUCCUGGGGUGGAGCUGCUGCUGGGCCCAGAGAAAAUCUAAAUGUAAGGAAACCCUUUUAUUUUAUUAUCUUUCCUUCCCUGGCUGCUGGGUCUGUUGCCAGUCUGCUGCUAACCUGGCAGAAGAGUCUCUGCCCAGGGAGUCCCAGAGCCAUCUCUUGGGGUGACAAAGCUGGGAUCAAGAACAGAGAGCUGUAACAAAGCGAUGCCAGAGCAGGGGCUCAGCCUCGGGGAGAGGUCAGGGCUGGCAGGUCGUGGGCCUGUGUGGGGUCAGCUCAGAGCCGCCCAGUUGGAGGCCCUGUCUAACUGCCUUUCCUUCUAAAGGGAAUGUGUCUUUCUGAGAUAAAAUAAAAAUGAGCCACAUUGUGUUUUAAGCUUGUCCAC